AUGAGAAAUUAUAAAGAGUUUUCAUUUGAAAAUCCUAAUAACAACGCAUGCAUGGAUAUCAGACGAGUUAAGUUAAUCAGGCAACCAGAAUGGGAACGUUUAAAGAGCCAUCUGGACAUGGAUUCAAUAGAGGCAGCUAAAAUAGAAGAGAAAAAAGUGCAAAUAGAAAAGAUCAAAGCACAAUCUAAAGAAAUGGUUAAGAACUGGACAAAUACAUUUUUGGGUGCAAGACAAAAGAAAUUAGAAGAUCGUGCCAACCGAAUAGCUGAAGAAGAAAAGGCUAAAUUGGUUAUUGAUCGUGAAGAAGAGAAAUUCCAAGCUGAACAAAGAAAGAAAGCCAUAGAGAAAGCAAAGUUACAAUUAUAUUAUGAAACGGAUCGUGUUCGAAACCUACAUUCUGGUUUAAAUCUAACAGAAACUUUGAAAGAGCGCGAUAUGCAAUUGGAAUUUAAACACUUAAAAAGUAAAUUAGAUGCAAACAAAGAAAAGGUUUAUGUAGAAAAUAUGAAGAAGAGUAUAGAAGCAGCUAUAAAGAAAGAACAAGAAGAAGCUGAAAAAAGGCGUGAGAAAAAUAUACAAAUAGCUCAAGAAUUAAAAGCACAAAUCAAUGAACAUGAAGUAGAAAAAGAACGUCAAAGAGCACAACUAUUAGCUGAAGGUGAAGAGCUAAGAAGGAUAGCAAUAGCAGAUCAUUUGGAACGUGAAAAGUUGGAACAAAUCUACCGUGAUCAAAUGCGUAAGCUUACAAAUGAAUUUCAUGAUCAAAUCAGCGGACACAAACAAAUGAAAGAAAUUGAAAAACUUCAAGAUGAGGAAAUUGAAGAAAAAUGUAGAUUGUUUGCAGCGGCUAAAAUAAAAAUGACGAAAAUGCGUAUCAUGAAAGAACGUGAGAUUUUCAAACAAAAAGAAGCUGAAUUACAAAAGAUACAAGACUACUUGUCAGAAAAAUUGAAAAGUGCUCAUGAAAAUGAAGAAGCGCGUUUCAAUAGAGCAACGGCUGAAAAAGAGGCGAAAUAUCAAUUGGAUGAGAAAGAGAAACUUGAGAAACAAGCUAAAAUUAUCCGUGAAAUUAAUGAGCAUAGACUUCAUGAAAUAGACAGACAUAGAAAAGAAUUAGAGAAAGAAAAAGAAGCAGAAUACAAUGAAGUACGCGAAAGGAUUGCAGCAGAAUUGGCUGUAGCUGAAUAUGAAAAUGCAUGUAAAGCGAAACGAUUAGAAGAAAUUAAAGGCCUCUCUAGACAAUUAUUACAAGAAUCGAUCGAUAAAAGAGAAAAUGCUAUAGAAGAACGUAAAAAAGAAAUUGAAAUAGCUGGUAAUGAAAAUAAACUUAUCCAAAUCGAAGAGAAUAUCUUUCAAGAUUAUGCUUACAGAGUUAUCAAUCAUUGUAGAGCAAAUGGUCGAAAUGUUUAUCCUUUGGAGAAAGCUGCACAUACAGGAGCAAUGACUGGUUUAGGCACUGGGUUACCAGGGAAACCAAGUCUGGUUAAGGCUGACGUAAAUGAAUUGAAUAAUACACAAACAGAUGAUGAUUUAACAAAUACAGAGGUGAACAAAAGCACCAAUAAUAAUAAUAUUAAUGGUAGUAGUAGUAACAGCAUUGUUUUAAAUGGAAACAAAACAAAUAA